UCCCGCCCCGUGACGCGACGGGGCCCCGCCCUGCGCUGGACCGCGGAGGUCGCCGCACCUGAAGAGAACGGGGAUUCCCGCGCCCUCACCCCAUCUCCCCGCUCCGGUCGGCGCCCCCAGACCAUGGCAGCCGUGACCAUGUCGGUGCCCGGGCGGAAGGCGCCCCCCAGGCCGGGCCCAGUGCCCGAGGCGGCCCAGCCGUUCCUGUUCACGCCCCGCGGGCCCAGCGCGGGUGGCGGGCCUGGCUCGGGCACCUCCCCGCAGGUGGAGUGGACGGCCCGGCGUCUCGUGUGGGUGCCUUCGGAGCUUCACGGGUUCGAGGCGGCGGCGCUGCGGGACGAAGGCGAGGAGGAGGCGGAGGUGGAGCUGGCGGAGAGCGGGAGGCGGCUGCGACUGCCGCGGGACCAGAUCCAGCGCAUGAACCCGCCCAAGUUCAGCAAGGCCGAGGACAUGGCCGAGCUGACCUGCCUCAACGAGGCCUCGGUCCUGCACAACCUCCGGGAGCGGUACUACUCCGGCCUCAUCUACACGUACUCCGGCCUUUUCUGUGUGGUCAUCAACCCAUACAAGCAGCUUCCCAUCUACACAGAAGCCAUUGUGGAGAUGUACCGGGGCAAGAAGCGCCACGAGGUGCCACCCCACGUGUACGCAGUGACCGAGGGGGCCUAUCGGAGCAUGCUGCAGGAUCGUGAGGACCAGUCCAUUCUCUGCACUGGAGAGUCUGGAGCUGGGAAGACGGAAAACACCAAGAAGGUCAUCCAGUACCUCGCCCACGUGGCAUCGUCGCCAAAGGGCAGGAAGGAGCCGGGUGUCCCCGCCUCCGUCAGCACCGUGUCUUAUGGUGAGCUGGAGCGGCAGCUGCUUCAGGCCAACCCCAUCCUAGAGGCCUUUGGCAAUGCCAAGACAGUGAAGAAUGACAACUCCUCCCGAUUCGGCAAAUUCAUCCGCAUCAACUUCGAUGUUGCCGGGUACAUCGUGGGCGCCAACAUUGAGACCUACCUGCUGGAGAAGUCGCGGGCCAUCCGCCAGGCCAAGGACGAGUGCAGCUUCCACAUCUUCUACCAGCUGCUGGGGGGCGCUGGAGAGCAGCUCAAAGCCGACCUCCUCCUCGAGCCCUGCUCCCACUACCGGUUCCUGACCAACGGGCCGUCAUCCUCUCCCGGCCAGGAGCGGGAACUCUUCCAGGAGACGCUGGAGUCGCUGCGGGUCCUGGGAUUCACCCACGAGGAAAUCAUCUCCAUGCUGCGGAUGGUCUCAGCAGUUCUCCAGUUCGGCAACAUCACCUUGAAGAGAGAACGGAACACUGAUCAAGCCACCAUGCCUGACAACACAGCUGCACAGAAGCUCUGCCGCCUCUUGGGACUGGGGGUGACGGAUUUCUCCCGAGCCUUGCUCACCCCUCGCAUCAAAGUUGGCCGAGACUACGUGCAGAAAGCCCAGACUAAGGAACAGGCUGACUUCGCGCUGGAGGCCCUGGCCAAGGCCACCUACGAGCGCCUCUUCCGCUGGCUGGUUCUGCGCCUCAACCGGGCCUUGGACCGCAGCCCCCGCCAAGGCGCCUCCUUCCUGGGCAUCCUGGACAUCGCGGGCUUUGAGAUCUUCCAGCUGAACUCCUUCGAGCAGCUCUGCAUCAACUACACCAACGAGAAGCUGCAGCAGCUCUUCAACCACACCAUGUUCGUGCUGGAGCAGGAGGAGUACCAGCGUGAGGGCAUCCCCUGGACCUUCCUCGACUUUGGCCUCGACCUGCAGCCCUGCAUCGACCUCAUCGAGCGGCCGGCCAACCCCCCUGGACUCCUGGCCCUGCUGGAUGAGGAGUGCUGGUUCCCGAAGGCCACAGACAAGUCGUUUGUGGAGAAGGUAGCCCAGGAGCAGGGCGGCCACCCCAAGUUCCAGCGGCCGAGGCACCUGCGGGAUCAGGCCGACUUCAGUGUUCUCCACUAUGCGGGCAAGGUCGACUACAAGGCCAACGAGUGGCUGAUGAAAAACAUGGACCCUCUGAAUGACAACGUUGCAGCCUUGCUCCACCAGAGCACAGACCGGCUGACGGCAGAGAUCUGGAAAGAUGAACAUGGGGGCUUCCAGCAGUUCUCUUUCCUUGGCUUCUUCCCACCGUCGCCCCCAGGAUCUGCAGAGAGGUGCAGCUCUGCUAUUUCUCCGCCAGGGGUGGAGGGCAUCGUGGGGCUGGAACAGGUGAGCAGCCUGGGCGAUGGCCCACCAGGUGGCCGCCCCCGUCGGGGUAUGUUCCGGACAGUGGGACAGCUCUACAAGGAGUCCCUGAGCCGCCUCAUGGCCACACUCAGCAACACCAACCCCAGUUUUGUCCGCUGCAUUGUCCCCAACCACGAGAAGAGGGCCGGGAAGCUGGAGCCGCGGUUGGUGCUGGACCAGCUUCGCUGCAACGGGGUCCUGGAGGGCAUCCGCAUCUGUCGCCAGGGCUUCCCCAACCGCAUCCUCUUCCAGGAGUUCCGGCAGCGAUACGAGAUCCUGACACCCAAUGCCAUCCCCAAGGGCUUCAUGGAUGGGAAGCAGGCCUGUGAAAAGAUGAUCCAGGCGCUGGAACUGGACCCUAACCUCUACCGCGUGGGACAGAGCAAGAUCUUCUUCCGGGCUGGGGUCCUGGCCCAGCUGGAAGAGGAGCGAGACCUGAAGGUCACCGACAUCAUCGUCUCCUUCCAGGCAGCUGCCCGGGGAUACCUGGCUCGCAGGGCCUUCCAGAAGCGCCAGCAGCAGCAGAGUGCCCUGAGGGUGAUGCAGCGGAACUGCGCGGCCUACCUCAAGCUGAGACACUGGCAGUGGUGGCGGCUGUUUACCAAGGUGAAGCCACUGCUGCAGGUGACGCGGCAGGAUGAGGUGCUGCAGGCACGGGCCCAGGAGCUGCAGAAAGUGCAGGAGCUACAGCAGCAGAGCGCCCGCGAAGUUGGGGAGCUCCAGGGCCGAGUGGCACAGCUGGAAGAGGAGCGCGCCCGCCUGGCAGAGCAAUUGCGAGCAGAGGCAGAACUGUGUGCAGAGGCCGAGGAGACGCGGGGGAGGCUGGCAGCCCGCAAGCAGGAGCUGGAGCUGGUGGUGUCAGAGCUGGAGGCUCGCGUGGGCGAGGAGGAGGAGUGCAGCCGUCAAAUGCAAAGCGAGAAGAAGAGACUGCAGCAGCACAUACAGGAGCUAGAGGCCCACCUUGAGGCUGAGGAGGGUGCGCGGCAGAAGCUGCAGCUAGAGAAGGUGACAACAGAGGCAAAAAUGAAGAAAUUUGAAGAGGACCUGCUGCUCCUGGAAGACCAGAAUUCCAAGCUGAGCAAGGAGCGGAAGCUGCUGGAAGAUCGUCUGGCCGAGUUCUCAUCCCAGGCAGCUGAGGAGGAGGAGAAGGUCAAGAGCCUCAAUAAGCUACGGCUCAAAUAUGAGGCCACAAUCGCAGACAUGGAGGACCGCCUACGGAAGGAGGAGAAGGGUCGCCAGGAGCUGGAGAAGCUGAAGCGGAGGCUGGAUGGGGAGAGCUCGGAGCUGCAGGAGCAGAUGGUGGAGCAGCAACAGCGGGCAGAGGAGCUGCGGGCCCAGCUGAGUCGCAAGGAGGAGGAGCUGCAGGCUGCCCUGGCCAGGGCAGAAGACGAGGGUGGGGCCCGGGCCCAGCUGCUGAAAUCCCUGCGGGAGGCUCAAGCAGCCCUGGCCGAGGCCCAGGAGGACCUGGAGUCUGAGCGUGUGGCCAGGACCAAGGCGGAGAAGCAGCGCCGGGACCUGGGCGAGGAGCUGGAGGCGCUGCGAGGCGAGCUGGAGGACACGCUGGACUCCACCAACGCACAGCAGGAGCUCCGGUCCAAGAGGGAACAAGAGGUGACGGAGCUGAAGAAGACUCUGGAGGAGGAGACUCGCAUCCACGAGGCGGCAGUGCAGGAGCUGAGGCAGCGCCACGGCCAGGCCCUAGGGGAGCUGGCGGAGCAGCUGGAGCAGGCCCGGAGGGGCAAAGGUGCAUGGGAGAAGACCCGGCUGGCCCUGGAGGCCGAGGUGUCCGAGCUGCGGGCAGAACUGAGCAGCCUGCAGACUGCACGUCAGGAGGGUGAGCAGCGGAGGCGCCGCCUGGAGUCACAGCUGCAGGAGGUGCAGGGCCGGGCUGGUGAUGGGGAGAGGGCACGAGCGGAGGCUGCUGAGAAGCUGCAGCGAGCCCAGGCUGAACUGGAGAAUGUGUCUGGGGCGCUGAACGAGGCUGAAUCCAAAACCAUCCGUCUUAGCAAGGAGCUGAGCAGCACAGAAGCCCAGCUGCACGAUGCCCAGGAGCUGCUGCAGGAGGAGACCAGGGCGAAAUUGGCCUUAGGGUCCCGGGUGCGAGCCAUGGAGGCUGAGGCAGCCGGGCUGCGUGAGCAGCUGGAGGAGGAGGCAGCUGCCAGGGAACGGGCGGGCCGUGAACUGCAGACCGCCCAGGCCCAGCUUUCCGAGUGGCGGCGGCGCCAGGAGGAGGAGGCAGGGGCACUGGAGGCAGGGGAGGAGGCACGGCGCCGGGCAGCCCGGGAGGCCGAGGCCCUGACCCAGCGCCUGGCAGAAAAGACAGAGACCGUGGAUCGGCUGGAGCGGGGCCGCCGGCGGCUGCAGCAGGAGCUGGACGACGCCACCAUGGACCUGGAGCAGCAGCGGCAGUUUGUGAGCACCCUGGAGAAGAAGCAGCGCAAGUUUGACCAGCUUCUGGCAGAGGAGAAGGCAGCUGUACUUCGGGCAGUGGAGGAACGUGAGCGGGCCGAGGCAGAGGGCCGGGAGCGUGAGGCUCGGGCCCUGUCACUGACACGGGCACUGGAGGAGGAGCAGGAGGCACGUGAGGAGCUGGAGCGGCAGAACCGGGCCCUGCGGGCUGAGCUGGAGGCACUGCUGAGCAGCAAGGAUGACGUCGGCAAGAGCGUGCAUGAGCUGGAACGAGCCUGCCGGGUAGCAGAACAGGCAGCCAAUGAUCUGCGAGCACAGGUGACAGAACUGGAGGAUGAGCUGACAGCGGCCGAGGAUGCCAAGCUGCGUCUGGAGGUGACUGUGCAGGCUCUCAAGACUCAGCAUGAGCGUGACCUGCAGGGCCGUGAUGAGGCUGGUGAAGAGAGGCGGAGGCAGCUGGCCAAGCAGCUGAGAGAUGCAGAGGUGGAGCGGGAUGAGGAGCGGAAGCAGCGCACUCUGGCCGUGGCUGCCCGCAAGAAGCUGGAGGGAGAGCUGGAGGAGCUGAAGGCUCAGAUGGCCUCUGCCGGCCAGGGCAAGGAGGAGGCGGUGAAGCAGCUUCGCAAGAUGCAGGCCCAGAUGAAGGAGCUAUGGCGGGAGGUGGAGGAGACACGCACCUCCCGGGAGGAGAUCUUCUCCCAGAAUCGGGAAAGUGAAAAGCGCCUCAAGGGCCUGGAGGCUGAGGUGCUGCGGCUGCAGGAGGAACUGGCCGCCUCGGACCGUGCUCGGCGGCAGGCCCAGCAGGACCGGGAUGAGAUGGCAGAUGAGGUGGCCAAUGGCAAUCUUAGCAAGGCAGCCAUUCUGGAGGAGAAGCGUCAGCUGGAGGGGCGCCUGGGGCAGUUGGAGGAAGAGCUGGAGGAGGAGCAGAGCAACUCGGAGCUGCUCAAUGACCGCUACCGCAAGCUGCUUCUGCAGGUAGAGUCACUGACCACAGAGCUGUCAGCUGAGCGCAGUUUCUCAGCCAAGGCAGAGAGCGGGCGGCAGCAGCUGGAACGGCAGAUCCAGGAGCUACGGGGACGCCUGGGUGAGGAGGAUGCUGGGGCCCGUGCCCGCCACAAGAUGACCAUUGCUGCCCUUGAGUCUAAGUUGGCCCAGGCUGAGGAGCAGCUAGAGCAAGAGACCAGAGAGCGCAUCCUCUCUGGAAAGCUGGUGCGCAGAGCUGAGAAGCGGCUUAAAGAGGUGGUGCUCCAGGUGGAGGAGGAGCGGAGGGUGGCUGACCAGCUCCGGGACCAGCUGGAGAAGGGAAACCUUCGAGUCAAGCAGCUGAAGCGGCAGCUGGAGGAGGCCGAGGAGGAGGCAUCCCGGGCUCAGGCCGGCCGCCGGAGGCUGCAGCGUGAGCUGGAAGAUGUCACAGAGUCGGCCGAGUCCAUGAACCGUGAAGUGACCACACUGAGGAACCGGCUUCGACGCGGCCCCCUCACCUUCACCACCCGCACGGUGCGCCAGGUCUUCCGACUAGAGGAGGGCGUGGCAUCCGACGAGGAGGCAGAGGAAGCACAGCCUGGGUCUGGGCCAUCCCCGGAGCCUGAGGGGUCCCCACCAGCCCACCCCCAGUGACCCUACCCUGUCCCCAGAUGCACUAACAGAUGGGGCCCAGCCCCCUUCCUCCCUGGACCCCACGGGCCCCUGUCCCAGGAACCCCGCCCUCUGACUUCUUGCCCUUUGGAAAUGGUGCAGCACUCUGGCAUUUAUCACCCCCACCUGGGUCCCCUGCAACCUCCCAUCAAAGGAUGACCCCUAAACACAGAGGAGCGGGGCAGGCAGGGAGGCAAGGACUGGAGCUACUUUGCUUGUUGGGGGGCUGGGUACAGUUGGCAAGCUGUGUUCCCAUCAGCUCCCUGUCCUCCUUUCUUCCCUCGUUAUUGAUCUAUAGACAUUAGGAAGGGAGUGAGACGGCUCCUCCACCAUCCUCAGCCAGUGCAACCCAUUCCCUCUGCUUCUCUCUCUCUCUCUCUCCCUCCCUCUCCUUCCCUACCCUCUCACCGUCUUUCUUGGCCUCUCUGAGGGUCUCUCUGUGCAUCUUUUUAGGAAUCUCGCUCACUCUCUCUCUACGUAGCCACUCUCCUUCCCCCAUUUCUGCGUCCACCCCUGAACUCCUGAGCGACAGAAGCCCCAGGCCUCCACCAGCCUUGAACCCUCGCAAAGGGGCAGGAUAAGGGGACCCCUCUCACUCCUGCUGCUGCCCAUGCUCUGCCCUCCCUUCUGGUUGCUCUGAGGGUUCGGAGCUUCCCUCUGGGACUAAAGGAGUGUCCUUUACCCUCCCAGCCUCCAGGCUCUGGCAGAAAUAAACUCCAACCUGACUGGA